CCACCCUGAAGGGAAGAAGUCCUCCUUGAGUAAAUCUACAUCUCAAAGUCCAGCCUCUCAUCCAGAGCUGCCAGCAUGUAAGCAUUUUAAGCUUACAGGCAUACAGUGGCAGGAGGAGAACCAAGCUAAAGAGACAGUGAGUUCAGCACUGAGGAGCGACCCAGAGCAAUGUCUCUGGCUGGGGUAAGCUGCCUGGUGACCGGAGCAGGAGGAUUUCUUGGCCAGAGGAUUGUGCGCUUGCUGCUGGAGGAAGAGGAGGCGCUGGCUGAGAUCCGGCUGCUGGACAAAGCCUUCAGCGAUGAAGCGCUCGGGAGGUUUGAAAAUUUCAAGGGUAAGACGGAGGUGAAAAUCCUGGAAGGGGACAUCCGAGAUGUGACAUUCCUGCACCGUGCCUGCCAGGGGGUGUCCCUUGUCAUCCACACGGCUUCCCUCAUUGACACCCUGGGCCUCAUCGAGAAGAAGCUGCUCUGGGAAGUCAAUGUAACAGGUACUCAGUUGCUGCUGGAGGCGUGCGUCCGCUGUAACGUCCAGCACUUCAUAUACACCAGUACCAUAGAAGUGACAGGCCCAAACUGCAAGGGUGACCCCAUUUUCAAUGGUGAUGAAGAUACGGCUUAUGAGAGCACAGCCAAAUUUCCUUAUGCCCAAAGCAAGAGACAGGCAGAGGAUUGUGUGCUGAAAGCAGACGGCCAGGUGCUGAAGGAUGGUGGCACGCUGAUGACCUGUGCCCUGAGAUCCAUGUACAUUUUUGGGGAAGGCUGCCCGUUUCUCCAAGGUCAUCUGGACAAGUGCCUGUUGAACAAGAACGUCUACCUGCGCUUCUCCAGGAAGGAGGCUCUGGUGAACCCUGUCUACGUGGGGAACAUCGCCUGGGCACACGUGCAGGCAGCCAAGGCCCUCCGAGCCCCGCAGAAAGCCAAGCACGUCAGGGGCAAGUUCUACUACAUCUCGGAUGACACUCCUCACAUGAGCUACGCUGAUCUGAAUUACGAGCUGACCAAGGACCUGGGGUUUGGAAUUGAGCCCCAGCUCCCCAUGCCUCUGACAGUGCUCUAUUACUUCUCGCUGCUGCUGGAGAUCGUGAGCUUCUUGCUGCGGCCCUUUGUCAGGUACAUCCCCUCCACCAACCGGCACCUGGUCACGCUGCUGAACACCCCCUUCACCUUUUCUUACAGAAAAGCACAGCAGGAUUUUGGCUACGAGCCCCGCUACUCGUGGGAAGAGGCCAAGCAGGGCACUGGCGAGUGGAUUGCCUCUGUGAUCCCCCAGAGAAGGCUGUACUUGCAAAGCAGCACUGCCUGAGCCUGGAGAGGAGCUGAAACCCGGCUAAGAAAGCAGGGCCUUGAGCCAGGGCAGAGCUGGGUGAGCAGCAGCAGCAGCAAACGACAAAGCACUUAAAUGAAUUCUUUGUGUAAGAGCCAACUGAAAUCCCUCACCCCCGACCUCAGAAUAAAUAAAAGUGAAAUGUUCAUUUGUUUGUUGAGUACAGGCCAACGAAGGUAACUGUAGCGCGUAGUCCACACCCACUCCUACAACCCUGUAGCACAAAGACUUAGUUUAGAAAGACUCCACACAAUCCAUGCUAUGAACACUUCAGCCCUUAUUUCACUCCAUGCCACCUCCAAGGCUUUUGUAAAACACUACUUGUCCUAGAAGUAUGAUUACACUUUACAAAUGUACACCACUCAGCUGUACCUUAUUCACUCAGUGUUUGCCAGCCUCACCAAACUGGCAGCAGGCAGAAGCCACCUGAUGGCAAAAGCUGUAACAAAUCUUGUUCACUUUUUCAAGGGUGUUGUGCAUUUCAUAUUCACCUGACAGUCAAACUUUGAGCACUGUAAGCAUUGUGAAAUCAAAAGUACAUAGGUACACAUGUGCUGCCCCUGUGCUUCUCUGAUGGCCACAUGAGCUUCUGCAGAAUGUGUAACUGGACUUGUGGGCAAAAAUACAGAUCUUGUCUGAACAAACUGAUGUG